AUGCUCGUGGACGACCUCGUCGAUCAGCUUGCCAGUCUGAGCCUGGAUGUUGGCCGAGUCCCCCAGGAGAAAGCUUCGAAGAAGCUGGAGUACAAAGACGAAGGUGAACAUGCAAUCAAGCAACUGGAGGCACACCUUGCGCGAGUGCGGCUUCAAGUGUCGAAACCUCAUUCGCUCGGGGAUGCGGCCAAGCAGGAGGGCAAAGGGCUUCUCAAAAUCGCUCAGGCAGGACUACGGAACACUGCCGGGGGGUUGGAACCACUUCGCCUGGCGUACGAGGCUUCGCGCUCCCUUUUGCCGCUGUCUCCCUUCAUCUCGGCGGCUGAUCUGACCAUGGAGAGGCUGUGGUACAAGGUGGCUUCGCGCAGUGUCGAGCUCGGCGAUUUCUUGCUUGGUCUCCGCGCUUCUGCUUGCCUCCAGACGUGCUUGGAUCAGCGAAAAGGAGACGACUUUGCGAUGCGUGGGGGGGGUGACGGGGGGAAAGACAAAGCAGACUGCUGCCUUGUUAUUGUCUCAAAGGCGGAUGGCGAGGAUUUACGGCUCCGCUCUUUCAGGUCGCCAGGAGCGAGCGGUUCUAUGGCGUUGGCCAAGCUAGUUAGUGGCGCGUGCUUGAACGCGUGUCGGUGUUGCCUCGAAGUCGCCUCGAUAGGAACGCUCAGGCUGCUGGCAGGGGAGCUCGGUCGAAGCACUGGGAGGUGGAUCGAUAGGGUCAGCGAGCUCGGGGACGAUGCCACUGCUGGUGCGAAGAAUUCGUACAGAGGCCUUCUCUUCAAGCAGCUUUGGCUCGGGUGUGCUGCUUUGGAGAAACCCGGUCUGGGGGCCAAUUCGCGGGAAUGUUUGCUGGGUCGGGAGACGGCGUUGGCGGUAUUUUUUAGGAAGGGAGGCUCUUGGAACGCCGACGUUUUCGUUGCUCACGCCCUCCGCGGAGCGGUGGCACUGCAAGAACGCGCCGCUGGCGACCGGUCAAGUGCCGACGAGGCAGCCGAGCUGUCGACCUUUUGCUUGAGCGGGCUGUCUGAGCGGGAGGGCGAAGGCUGGCCGGUUGGAGUUGCAGAAAGUUCAGGGAAGUUGCAUCCCACUUGGGUAGACUGGCUACAGUACUCGGCCGGGCUUCACGAGAAGACUGGACAGGCCGCCGAGGCUCAGCGGCUGCUGCAGCUGACCUUCGAGUACGUCCAGCGAUGUUGGAAGAGGCAGCCGAAAGGAGGCCACAGGGCGGCCGAGUGCGCGGCGUACGCGAGCAUCUUGAAAAUGCACACGGCGACCAUGAUCACAUCGCUCCAUUCCCCCGACAGUCCUGCUGCUGCUGCUGCUGCUGGUGGUGGUGGUGGUCCGGCCGCCACGCCGCGUGUCGGCAAACAAUCGGCCAAAAGGCGCGGGGGAAAGAGAGCCGCAGAACCAUCGGAGCCGUCGUCGGUGGUCCAUGCCCUCACUUGGCGUGGACUGGACUACCUUGAGGACGCGGUUGCCGCUCUCGAAGCUCUCGCGGAGGACCCGGAUGGCGAGGGAGCGGGAGCAGAGGCCGCUGCCUUUGUCGGCGCAGCCGUGAAGACGUGGGCUCGGGCGAAGAAGUCCUGCGGUGUAACCGCUCUGUGGGUGGAAGAAGCCAGCGGUGGUGAGGUGGAGAGCUCUGGUGGGAAGCCCGGGGAACCGCAGUGGUCUGCCCUGAGUGCGCGAGGGCACUGGGUCCUCGCCGACCUGAGCCUGAAGCUGGAGCUUGUUCGAGGGAGAGGCAGCCUCGGUCGCGUGCUCGAACGGAUCCCUCGAACCGAAUCGCUCGCCCAGCUUGCUGUCGACAGCUACCUCCGGAUUGCACACGCCCAUCUCGGCGCCCUGGCAACAACGCUUAGACCUGGCCAAGCUACAGGCGUCCGGGCUGGGCGAGGGCAGUCGCAGGCCGGGAGCGACGAGGAUGGCGCCCGUCGCGCAUUGGCGGCUGCUGAGCAGACCCUGGAGAACUUCGUCGACGUUCUUCCGCCCCAAGCCAUCAAGCGGGUGGGCACAGGCUGGUUCGGGCUCGGAACGACGCUGGUGGACCACGGCGAGGUUGACACAGGCGUGCAAGCUCUCGUUCAAGGGUGUCGCCUGCUGGAGAGGUGGACAGAGGCAGAGUCAGACCGAUCAUCAGAAUCAGAGAUGGGGUCUUCGGAGGACGAGGGUUGUUCCUCGGGCCCCGACGUGUCGGAGAUCCUGCGAUCCGCCCAGCUAGACAUGCGACUGGUGAAGCUCAGCCUGGUGCUCCAGGAUUCCGCGGCCGGCGUCAUGGCCGCCGCCGCGGUGGCGAGAGCACUGGCGUUUUGUCCUGGGGUGUGGUGCUUAUCCUCUUCCGGAGGCCAGCCAGACUCUCCAGCAGAAGCGGGAUCGGCGGCCGGGGAGGAGGACGAGGAGGAGGAGGAGGUGGAGGAGGAGGAGGAGGAGAGAGGCGCCUUGGCGGCGUGUGUUGAGGGCCAUCGUCGCGCGACCGAGGCUGUCCUGAGGAUUUGCAGCAGUUGCCAAGAUGGGGUGGAUGACGGGCGAGACGGAGCAGGCUCUUGGGAGGCGCAAGCUCGUUUGCUGGCUGCAAGGUUUGAGCAUGAUCUGCAUCUCGCCGACGUUGCCGAUGGUCGAGCAGCAGCCCACGAGGCGGGGAGGGUGCUCGCAGACCUUCCGGCCGGCCUUGAACACUCUGCAAGCGGUGCCGCAGCAGCAUCCAAACUCUGGGGUGAGGAGGACUCUGGUUCCGGCUCCCCUGUUGCGGCUGCCGCAGCGGGUGUCUUCGCUUGCAUCCGAGCCAUGCUUCUCCGUUCUGUGGCGGGUCAAGAGGGUGACGUGCAUAUCUCCAUGCAUGAGGGCUGUAGGUUGAUCGGCCAAGCCGCACGGGACUCGGACUGGACUCCUUCACACAACUCGCAGGCAAACCUGGGACCUGCCGGCGCUGGCACCAUCAUGGACUACCUGGACGUGUUGGAGGCCCACUACGCCCUGCAUGGCGACACGUUGCAACGAGUGAAGGUGGCCGAAGUGAAGCUUGAGCUGGCCGACCGCGUUAGCCUUAACGGGGGUGUGGAUAGUUUGCCGCAGGGCGUCGCUACCUCCGCCGCAGCUUUGGCUGGAAUUGGUGCCGUGUUUCAAGCGGGGGGUCUCCCUGACCUUGGCCACAUGUACGGUGCUGCAGCGAAUGAGCAGGUGUGCGAACUAGCGGUGUCCGCAAGACGAGAAGCGAAGGCGGCGGGCGAUGAACAGGCAAAGGGGGGCCCCUCCCGCGCUCAUGUAGGGGCGGCACGGGUUGCCGUGGAUGUUCUUCGCGGCAUGUGCCUGGCGGAGGGGAGCAGUAGCGAGGAGGAAGGGGAGAGAGUUCUGCUCGAGGCUAGGCGGGCUGUGUCCGAUGUCGACUCGAGAGUCGUCGCCCCAGCGACGGUGGCGUACCUGGAGUGCGUGGCAGGCCUGGGCUUGUCGUGGGUGUACCAGAGGAGCGGUCGCCUGGUGGAAGCAAUGGGGGAAGUACGGCAAGUGAUGCGGCUGUGCCGCGCUUGGGCUUCCGCUGGAGGCUCGCUCGUAGCAUCGGACAAGCAGGUCGUUGCUCUCUCGGCGGAGAAGGGCGACUGCAUCCACGACGAAGGGUCAGAUGGGCUCGCCGAUGCGGCGAGUCACCACGCGGCGGCUGAGGAGGGCGUCGGGACAGAGAGCGGAGACACGGAUGACACGUUAGGAGAAGAGGCAGCAGGCGGCGGACACGACCAGGAAAGAACGGGGUUCGCGCUGGGCUCGCGAUGGAUACCGAUCUACCUUGAAGGCUUGGCGCGCAUGGGACGGUUGUGGCGUGAGAGGGGGGUGGCCUCCAAGGCCAGCCUCACGUUGCGGCAGGGCUGUGUGAUGAGCGAGUCGCUGCAUGCCGCCCGAUUCCUACGGCACUGCCUGCUCGAGGAGAUCGAAGUAGCCACAGGGAAGCACCAGUUCGCUCGCGCCGACCGCCUCCUUCGAGCUAGCCGGGAGCUCUUGUGCCAAGAGCGGCGGCAGUUGAUGUCGGUGGAGGGGAGCGCUGUUUCUUCCGGGUGCGCAGCCUGUCGAGCACCAGACCCCACAGGUGCCGCGGCCCCAGGGGGCGGCGCUCCACCACCGCCAACGAAAGGAAAAGGGUCCAAGAGGGGAGCAAAGAAACCAGGCGAGAAGGGGAAGCCGUGUCCAACGGCGGAGGCGGCGACACCCACGAGGGCGGCAUGCGCUCGCUGCCACGAGCUGGCGGUGAACACGGCGGAGUUGGCCGCAGCGGAGGCGUCGCUCUUGCGGAAGCAGGGGGGCUUUGUGGGAGCCCUCGAGGCCUGCGAGCGAGGGCAGGCGAUCGUUGCCCCUCUGCUCCAAGCCGCCGGCGACCCGGCGCUGUUGUGGAGUGGCACGUUGUCGUUUGCGCGAGUGUCGGCGGAGCAUGGUCAACUGGUGAAAGCGGCCGAGUCAAACGGUCUCGGCUGGCGAGCGGUGGAGGUAUUGUCCACGCUCCGUCUGCAGCAAGGCCGAGUGUCUUGCCUCCUUGGGAACGCCACCGCGGGGGAAGCUCUGCUCCAGGACUGCUCAAGUUUGGAAGGCGCCCCCGCUCUCGUACGCGCAACGGCGCUCUACCGGAUAGGGCGGAUGUCCCUGGACGUCGGAGACGGGGCGGGGGCGAAACUCCCGUUAGAGAGAGCGGAAGCGCUCGCUAGAGGUACUGGUGCCCCCAAGCUUGUCCGAAAAGUGCGGCGGGCCCUGGCCGUAACGCUGACCGAGCUCGCUGCCAAGGGAGGGCCGGAGAGCGUCAACAUCGACGGGACCUGGAGAGUAGCGGCUCUGUCUAGCCUGUCGGUGGGGGUGACGCAGUGCAAUCAGGCCACCCACGCGUCCUCGAGGCGUCCCCGCAAGGGCGAAGUUGUGCCGAAGUUUUCGGGAGACUCUGCGGGGCUGAGACUGUUUGAUGCUGUCAGCGGGGGCCGCGGGGGGACGGUGGCGGAAGCGUGUCGCCGGCAUGAGGGCUCCGAAGUCGUCUGCGGAGAAGGCUUACUCGAGGACGCGGUCACUUCCGACCUCCGGGCCGAGUGGCCGAUCGUUAGUCUGUGCCUGGCUCCGGGGGAAGGCGCGUGCAAGCGCCUGCUGGUCACCCGCCUCGGUCGAGGGAAGCCGCCGCUGACGGCGUCCGUUCCCCUAUCGCCCGACGACACCCGGCUUCUGGAGCGUUGGCGAGAGAUCAUGGAGGAGAAUCGGGAUUCCCUCCGGGGCCACAGCGCCGAAGAGGCGGCGGAGUACGGGAACCAGCAGAAGGCCAAGUGGUGGGAGCGGCGGGUCUCCGUGGAUGAGAUGGUCGGCGACUUGCUGCGCGAUUUGGAGGAAUGCUGGCUGGGGGCCCACGGCCUCGCAGCCGUUCUUCUUGGCGAUGUCGUCGAGGAAGGCUUGGGGUCGGAGUUGGAGCGUGUCGCUGAGUUUGCCGAGGGUCGGCUGCUUGCAGCCCGCGGCGCCGGGGGGAGGGGGAAGGGAUUAUCGCGAGCGAAGGGAGGGAAGCGGCCCCGCGGGGGCGCGACCGCUGGGGGCGUGCGGGUAGACGGCGGGCUACCGAGCGGUUUGUCGGAGCUGAUUCGCGUGUGCGUGCGGGGCGGGAAGGUGAUGGGCGAGGAAGGGUGGCUUGCGGUGGUGCGGCUGGCCCUGCUGGGGGCUGAGAAGGACGACGCGGCGGCAGAGGAAAUUUCUCGAGAGAUUCACGAGAGAGUGCGGGAGGCUUUUAAGGCCGAGGCGCGGGAGGUAAUAAGCCACAACGGUGCGUCGUCGCCCGUUCCUUCUGGUGCUUUCGCGGGAGACCCACGGUUGAGUCUUGACAUCGAAAACGGUCGUCGUUCUAGUGGCGGCAAAUGCGGGGCAGCAGUGCAGACCGCCUUCCGCAGUCCUGCUCCGGCUGCCGGUAGUCCUUUGAUCGACGGGGUCGCCAUGUCGAAGAUGAAAGUGGCCGACUUGCGCCGGGAGUUGUCGGCUAGGGGUAUCCCGAUCACGGGGCUCAAGCUGAAGACCGACCUGCUCGCCAGACUUGCGAAUGCGUUGAGAGAAGAGGAGGAGCAUCAAGGAGCGGGGAAUGGCUGCCUUGCUGGCAGUGUUGCCUUGAGGCCAUCCACGCCGAGCGGAGUCGGUUCUCCGGCCGUGAAGGGCAAGGGUAGCGCGAAGAGAAGCUCGGCAACGGCCCGACGAACGACGGCAGGCUCAAACGGUGACGUCGGCGGUAACGGUGACUGGAAAGGGACGGGCGGCGGGGGGGGAGGCGGAGGUGGGGCCGAGCGGCACCCGGUGGUUCUGGUGUUGGACGAGGAGCUCCAAGCUAUCCCGUGGGAGGGGUUGCCGUGCUUGCGCGGUCAUGCGGUUACCCGUGUCCCGGCGGUUCCGUUCGUCUUCGCCGCGCUGGCGACGAGGCUGGACAGAGGGUACUACGUCUUGGACCCAGAGGCGAACCUAGCGCACACCCGGCAUCAUCUGGGGCCGGUUUUCCAGGGGCUUGGGCGACGGUUAGGGUGGUCGGGGGUAGAGGGAGAGGCACCGACCGAGGAGACCAUGGCAAAGACUCUCCAAGAAGUGGAUGUCUUUGCUUACUGCGGACACGGAGCGGGGGAGUUGCUUGUGGGGAGAGAUACGGUGGCGGGGUUGGCGAGGUGCCCGGUGGCCGUGCUGAUGGGGUGCAGCAGCGGCCGGUUGAAGGGCGACGGUGACUUCGAGCCGAUGGGGAUGGCGACGAGCUACUUGGCGGGGGGUAGCCCUGCUGUCGUCGCCAAUCUGUGGGAUGUCACCGACAAGGAUAUCGACCGCUUCAGCGUGGCGCUUCUGGAGGCGUUUGUGGGGAAGGGAGGGGCGAGCGACGGUGGUAGAGGGAAGCCAGCAAGCACUUUGGCGCACGCAGUAGCCCACUCCAGGGCUGAGUGCAAGAUGCCGUUUAUCAUUGGGUAUGCGCCAGUGUGCUACGGGAUUCCGAUGACUGCUGCGCCGUCAUGA